AUGGAAUUCAACAACCAAGAGCUUGAGUCCUUUCGUCGCCAAUGGCUGGAGGAAGUCUCUGCGCGGACCAGACGGCCGUCGCAGCCCUCCCAGCCGAGCCCGAAAUCCGCUGGAGCGUCGGGUGAGCCGAGUCGCAAGCCGCGUCCGCAACAUCAAGCUGCAGACAGGGAAGAAGAGCCUGAUUUCCAACAAAGCGGAAACCCUUUGGAGCCCAUUAAUUUCGAAGCGCUAACGGAGAAGACACAAUACUUGACCCUUGGCCCGACGGACAAUGAUGCUUCUGUUCCGAAGACCCAACAGGCCCCAAGCUCCGCGCUGGAACUCUUUGAGGAAGCAGUGAAUAAAGAGGCCCAGGGAAGCCUUGGGGACAGCUUGGCCCUAUAUCGGAAAGCGUAUAAGCUCGAUGCAAGAGUAGACCAGGCUUACCGAAAGAAACACUUCCCGCCCGCAAAUGUACGGCUGUCAGGACCAAACCCGUCCAAUGCUUCCGUUACCGUACCGAACACCGCACACCACUCAUCCGAAGCACAGCCUGUCCUUUCGACGGCUGACCUCAUCGCUUCCUUUGCACAUCUUCCGAUUCCGGUCGCGGACCCGCUGAUUGCAGGCACACCACCUCCGCCAUGUCCGAUAUCUACUGUCCCGUCGGAGAUUCUGAGCGAGAUCCUCAAGCAGGUUGCGUUGUUGGACCCGGCGUUAUUCGCGCGCUUGGCUCUUGUGUGCAAGCGAUUUGCAUACCUCGUUGAACAUGAACAGCCCAUCUGGCGGAGGCUAUGUCAAGGACCAGAGUUUGGAUUUGGCUCAAUGCACUACUCAUUUUCGUGCGAUAUAGAAGGACGACGGGAAUAUACGUUUAGAUCACGCUAUACUCCUUUCCCGUUAGGUUCCACAGCUCUGCAAGUUCCUAAACCCUUGUCUACCUGGGCCCAGGUCUUUCAGACAUUUCCCCGAAUUCGGUUUACGGGUAUAUAUAUAAGCACGGUCAAUUAUACUCGCCCAGGAGCGCAUUCGUCUUUCCAUAAUGUAUCAUGGAACGCGCCAAUUCAUAUCGUGACCUAUUACCGGUAUCUCCGUUUCUAUCCCGACGGUUCUCUUAUCUCGCUCCUCACAACCACCGACCCUGUCGAUGUUGUUCCCCACAUCAGCAAGGAGAACAUCGAAGCCCUUCAGACACCACCGUCCGCCCAUCGCCAACAUCAGAAUCAAGCGUUAAACCCUAAUCCGGCUGCUCCCGUUGCCGCAGUGGCCAAUCCCAUUCCUACCGUCGCGUCUUCCGCCCUUAAAUCUGCGUUGAAAGGUCGAUGGCACCUUUCACACCCAAGUCCUGUAAAGCCAACCGAGGAUUCCAAGUCCACCUCUACCACCGAGAUCGCCGCUCCCCGCCUAACUCCACAGCCGACCAGACAUGGAACCAACACGAGUUCGGACCCCAAGCAUGACCCGCGUGAUCUCUUUAUAGAAACAGAAGGCGUGGACCCCAAAUACACAUACACCAUGCAUCUCACUUUGCGAUCCGCCGCAACGCCGAGUCGAAGCGCCACACACGGCUCUGCUUCUACGCUGGCCAAUACUUCUAAGAACACAAAGCUGGUCUGGAAGGGAUUCUGGAGUUAUAAUCGACUCACUGAUGACUGGGGAGAAUUCGGGCUGCGUAACGAUAGGGCGUUCGUUUUUAGACGGGUUAGAGGUUGGGGUUUGAGCUAA